ACCGUCUGAGCAAUUGAGGGUUAAGGGCCAAACAGUGUCAACCUGGCAGUGGUGGGGCUUGAACCAGUGACCUUCUGAUUACUAGUCCAGUAUCUUAACCACUAGGCUACAACUUGCUCAUACUUUAUUUGACCUCUUGGGAGUUGCUUGCUGGUGGUUGAUCUCAUAUCACAUGUAAGAUGUAAGAAGAUUAAAUAGUACUUUACGUACGGUCAGCAUGUGUGGAUUUCACCAGAUGGCAGAGUUGAGUAGAUUAUAUACUGAUUGUCACUAAAGUGAAACAAGGAAGAAGACUGUUUAAAGUCAAGUCUAUUUUCAUGUGUUACAAUGUCCAAAAUAAAGAGUAUUGUUUGGCCUCAGGUGCUUCUGUUUGGAGAUUCAAUUACACAGUUUGCUUUCCAGCCAAAUGGAUGGGGCUGUGAAUUAGCUAACAAACUUGCAAGAAAAUGUGAUGUGGUGAACAGAGGACUGUCUGGAUACAACACUCGGUGGGCUAAAGUGGUUCUUCCCCGCAUUGUCUCAAAUAAUGGUGCCUCUUCUAUUGUGGCAGUCACUGUGUUCUUUGGUGCCAACGACUCUUCCCUGCAAGAUAAGAACCCACAGCAGCACAUUCCCUGUGAGGAAUACUCAGAGAAUUUAAAGGACAUUGUUAAAUAUUUGGCUUCUUCUGGCAUACCAAAGGACAAGGUCAUAUUCAUUACUCCUCCACCAAUUCAUGAAGAGCACUGGGAGAAAGAGUGCAUCACAAAAGGCUGGCCUCUGAAUCGCCAUAACUCUGUAACUGGUCAGUAUGCUCAGAAGUGUGUCCAGGCAGCAGGCGAGUGUGGAGUAGACGUACUUGACCUCUGGUCUCUUAUGCAGAAAGAUGGACAGGAUUUCUCAGUCUAUCUCUCCGAUGGAUUGCACCUCUCUGAGAAGGGUAACCAGUUUGUUGGCCAGCAUGUGUGGAAACUGUUAGAGAGUAAAGUGGCUCAUCUACCCUUCAUCCUUCCUUACUGGGCUGAUGUGGACUGUAAGAACCCAGAGAACAGCCUGCUGUCUGAUUAGACUAAAUAGAUCUGAGCCAGUUUUAGCAACCCGAGUUAGAAGCAUUUUUACUGGUUAUUUAAAAUAACUGUGUUAAUGAUGUUUGCACUCAAGUUGCAUUCCAGAAAGCCAGUCAUGCUAGUGAUCGAUGUUCAGCACAGUAUGUUUAUGCACAACUCUAAUCCAGUUAUUGUUACUGUUAUAGGAUUUUAAGCAAUUUCAUAAAACUGACGGAUUUUAGCUCAUGGAAUUAGGUAUACAGUGUUAAAAAAAAUAAAACAGUCCAGGAGUCUGUGGUGCAGAAA